AGACCUGGGGAUUCAGAUAAUUCUUUGAAGUUUUCAUCACAUACAGGGUGGUUGAGAAGAUGUUUAGCAGGUUUGCCUUCAUUGAUCAGAGCACUGAGUUGGAGUGUUAUAUUAAGGUUAUACAUGACAGAGAUCAGGCCUUUUCUGGGGUACUGUGUCCAGCUCUGGUUGCCCUGUUAUAAGAAGGAUAUUAUUAAGGUGAAGAGGGUUCAGAAGAGAUUUCCCAGGAUGUUACCAGGAGUGAAGGGUUUGAGUCACUGGGACUUCUUUUACUGGAGCAUAGGAGGUUGAGGGGGUGACUUUACAGAGGUUUAUACAGUCAUGAGGAGCAUCGACAAUGUGAGUGGCAGUUGUCUUUUCGCUCAGGUGGGGGAUCUCAAGACUUGGAGCCAUACUUUUCAGCACUAAGCAGCGGGAAAUGGCUGCAGCCGAGUUGCGCAAAGAAGUAGAAGAUUAUUUGAAAGGGCUGAACAUCGAGACUGUGUGUGAGGAACAUCCCGAGGUGUUCACCGUUGAAGCCAUGAUGCCUUAUGUACAACACCUUAAAGGGGCCCACAGUAAGAAUCUGUUUCUGAAAGACAAGAAGAAAAAAAGCUUAUGGUUAGUGACAGUCUUACACAACAGACAAAUCAACUUGAAUGACCUAGCAAAGAAGCUGGGCUGUGGAAGUGGAAAUCUGCGCUUUGCAGAUGAAGGAACAAUGCUGGAAAAAUUAAAAGUUGGUCAAGGUUGCGCAACACCUCUUGCUUUGUUUUAUGAUAAACAAGGUGAUGUAAAAUUUGUGCUAGAUUCAAACUUCGUGGAUGGAGGACAUGAAAAAAUCUAUUUUCAUCCAAUGAUUAAUUCAGCCACUAUGGGUAUUAAGCCUAUAGACUUCUUGCAUUUUGUGAAGGAAACAGGACAUGAACCUACAAUUGUAAAGUUUGAUUAAAAUAGAAACAAACACUUAAAUGAAAUGACUUGCAACUGGCUGGAUGUAAUCAAUUUCAACAGUAACUAUUUUUGAAAUUGAGAUUACUUACAUUGCAGUAAAUACUCCCUCUACAUGGUUUUAAAUUUUUAGCAGGGGUUCAUCCAUUGUAUUAAUAAAGUAUGCUACUGUCUCAAAUGUUAUUGAUUACCUGCUGUAUUCUGUCUUUUGCCAUCAAUUAUAUAAAAGGAGAGAAUCACUCA